AAGGUCCUGGAAAUGUAGGUGCUGCACGUCUCAUUUUCCAUGCAUUGGGCUUAACACUCGUACCCUCUGUGCCUAAUUUGUUCAUUUCUUUAAUUGAUGUUGUUGCACCAAGUUUUUCCUUUCUGGUCAUUUGAUACUUGGAUGGAGAUUGGUUGCCUCAUUAUCACCUCUCCGUAGGAUGUUAUUUUAAAAGAUCUUUGUGUUGUCAGUUUAAAGAGGUGAUAAAUACAUACUAGACCAGGGUGCUGAUUGAUUUGCAUCCGCAUAGCUUUUAGGUAUGUAAUUGUCUGGUGGGGUGCUAGGAAGUUGAUUUGACCAUCGAUGUACCAGCGUGCAUUGCCGCUUCUUUCUGUUUUGUUUCUAAUAUUCUGUUAAUUACCAAAAUUGUGAUUUUUAAAAGUUCUUUUGCAGGUGGAAUGCUUCCUGUUCCUCACACGGCUCAACAGAUCAGCCAGGAGCAAAGCAGACAGCAAAACAAACCAAAUUCACCAAGCCUGCAUAGCUCCUCACCUGCUUCAUGCAGCAGGAACCUGGCUUUUCUUCAGCAGAUACGACCAGCAGAUCAUGAUAAGAACCAUGAGCUUUUGGCCCAAGCUCCAGUUUCCCCACAGCAACAGCUAAUUAUAAGUGUGCAUCGUUACCAUGAGGAUCUGACCCUUCAUAAAGAAACAUGCAAAAAGAGAGAAGAGAAGCGACUGAAGGCUAUUGCUGCUUUUACUGCUAGAGAAAUUGAAUGUUUCUGGUCCACCAUUAAGCAGGUGGUAGAUUUAAAAUUGCAAGUAGAGCUAGAAGAGAGGAGAAGGAAAGUAUUCAACUGCCAGAACACCUCAAAAAAGGAAUGGAUUGGCCCCAACAAUUUUAACAUAUGUGUUGCCUCCUGCAAGCACUUCUUCGAAGACUAUGAGGCAUUCAUGAAAGUGCAAUGGAGAUAA